AUGUUUUCAACUUAUGUCUAUACAGGUGAUCCGCCACCAUCUGGAACAGUAUCGCCUGCACCCCAGUACAACAUUGACGAUAUCAAAGUGGAAUACCACCCCAGUAGUGGUAUCCCCACCAAAGUGUACCACUUCGAGGACUAUGGACGCGGUCCUGGUGCCCCACCAGCAGUUCCAGAAGCAGAUCCUAUGCCCUGGCAGCCGCUUCGCACUUGUAUCGACUUUGAGGUUGCAGAACUCGCUCAUGACGCUGGACUCUCUCAUGAACAGCUGGACCGGCUCAUUCACCUCAUUCAUCGCAGCAGGAUUGAGCUCUUUACCCUCAAGAAUUGCAAAGAUGUGAGAGACAUGUGGGAUGCAGCAUCAUUCAAGAUGACACCUUUUACAAAGGAGGAAGUUAUUGUGCCCUUCCGAGGUGUUGAUCGAACAUUCCCGCUAUUUCAUCGUUCACUGUGGGACUGGGUCACUGAUUUACUUCAAGAUCCACAAGUAGGUCCGAACUUUGUCUUCGAUGCGCAAAGGCUGUCAAAGUUCAAUGGCAAGAAGUUCGUUUGGUUCAUUCAUGAACCAUGGACUGCUAAUGUGUUCUGGGAGUAUCAAUCGAAAAUCCCACCAGACGCAAAACCUCUUGCAUUCAUUUUGUAUGCCGACAAAGCAAAAUUAUCAUCAUUCGGUCAUGUGAAAGGCUAUCCAGUAGUCGCUCGCUGUGCUAAUCUUCCUAUUGCGAUUUGCAAUGGAAAAGGCUUGGGUGGAGGGCACAUUGUUGGUUGGCUGCCUAUUGUAAAGGAAGACAAGCAGCAUUCUGGAAAGCCUGCUUUUGUCAACUUCAAGAAUGCAGUGUGGCAUGCCUUGUUUCUGAAGAUUCUCGACUGUCUGGCACCGCUAUCGAGGUUUGGUUCCGCCAUCAAAUGCUGGGACGAUGUUAUUCGCGUCUUCUAUCCAAUUGUACUAAUACUAUCUGCAGACUAUGAAGAACAGGCUGUAAUGGCAUUGAUUCAUGGUUUAAUGGGCAAAUUUCCUUGUCCUGUCUGUCUAGUGCCUCGCGACGAGCUUUCAAACACUCUCAAGGUAUUUCCUCUCCACACAUGCACAGAAACUAAGGCAUUGCUUGCUCGAGCGCGAGAAUCUUCUACAUUGGAUGCAAGAGAACAGAUCUUGAGUUCCCAGAGCCUCCAUGAUGUCGAUAGUUCAUUCGGUGUUCUGGAGCACACCAACGUUCACAGGGCUCUAUCGCACAACAAACUCCACUUCAACGACGAGGGAUUGUUCCGUGAUCACACCUGGUCCGAACUGCAGAAAUGGGUUGAACGUUUGGGUCGACAGGCCGCUGUCCAGAUUGACAACUUCUUUCAAUCAAUUCCGCAUUGGCGAAACCUGAAUCACUUCAAUCAAGUUAUAUCAGUAUCAUUUACCGACAGAACAAAAUAUGAAGACAUCUCUAAGCUUAUUGUAUUUGCAGCACAUAAUGUAUUCGACCGUGAUAUGGAUCUGGAGGCAUAUCUCCUGCUCCGCUGUAUCCGAAGCUAUGUGGAGUUCAAUAUGUAUGCUUCGUUAGAGGUUCAUACUGAAGAUACCAUCAAUAAUGGCCGGGAAGCGUUGUCAAAGCUCACUGGAUUGAUGGAUGAUACAGCAGAGAUGUCUGAGAAGUCCUGGAAUUUCCCCAAGAAACAUCUUUCGGCCCAUCUCUUUGACGACAUCGAGGCGAAAGGUGUUUCUCGAAACUACAGCACCAAGCCGAACAAGAAAAUGCACGGCCCAUUGAAAGAUGCCUAUCAAGAUCGCACAAAUUUCAAGAACUUCGAUGAACAGAUCCUCCGAUACAACCAUGACAGCUUGAUUGCGCAAUACAUUCGCAACAAGUUGGAUCACCUUGACACUCAGAAUCUCAGCAUAUCUGACGACUUAGAAGACCAACCCGAUACUGCACUCCAGGAGACUGACAACUCAGAUGAUAUUGAUGUUGACUCGAUGGAACCUACUGAUGCCCAACAUUUUACUCUCGGUUCAAAGCAGGUGGCAAUGUCAUUCACACUCAUCGAGGCAGGUAGUCCAGGUAAUCCAGCGUUUGAUAGAUUUCAAAUCAAGCUAAACGACUUUCUGAACCAUGCAUUUGCUGCCAACAGCAUACCGUUUCCAGGUGGACGACGGAUUCAACUCAUUGUGAGCGACAUGGUAAUGUCCACGGACUACCUUCGAUGCACUCUGAUGUUCCAUGGCUCACUGCGAUACGAUUGCGUCAUCUUGCAGACCAACACUGGCAUCAUCUUUGGCAAACUAAUGUUGAUUCUCACAUGCACAGUAGGGGAUGUUCAAUAUCCUGUCACACUUGACAAAGACUUUCAGUUUUGGCGCGUUAAGAGAAAGCCUAGGGCUUCUGCAGAGUUUUUCUCGGUUCACUCAAUUGUUUGGGGUUGUAUGAUAGUAGAGGAUGUCAGCAGACCUGACAAGUUUUUGAUUGUUGACACUAUUGAUACAGAUAUGUUCCUUCGAAUGCAGGACAUCUGCAGCCAGUGA